CUCUCUCUCUCUCUCUCUCUCUCUCUCUCUCGGUCUCCCUCAAGCUCUCCCUCUCACUCUCCCUCCCUCUCCCUCUCUCUCUCUCUGCAACGUUCUCCUUCUGCAACUCCAAGGAUCACGUCAACGAUUCUAUCUGCUCCAUCUGUCUCUGUGAUUACAAGGGCGGAGAGAUGCUGAGGAUGUUGCCAGAUUGCCGCCAUUUCUUCCAUCUCUGCUGCGUUAACGCGUGGCUACGCUUGAAUGCUUCGUGCCCUGUCUGCCGCACUUCCCCGCUCCCAACGCCCAUGUCGACGCCUCUGUCUGAGCUCGUCCCCCUCUCGCAUUUCCCUGUGGAUGGAAGGAGGCAAUUUCAGAUUUCUGGUGCAAACAUUACCAUCACUGAACCCAGACCUGGAGCAAUAGAGACUGCGAUUAUAAUAUCUGAAACACCUGAGCAGACACAUGCUGCACAGAGUCUUCUUCAAGCAUUUGUACUGAGUGAGCAGGGCACUCCUUGACUUGUUGCAUUGGAC